AUGUCUUAUCCGGCUGAUUCUCCCUCUUGGAAACUCAUUGAUGAUAAAUGGCCCGAGUUUGGUAAUGAGCUAAGAAACUUGAGAUUGGCUCUCUCAUCUGAUGGAUUCAAUCCCCACAGUUCUCUAAGUACCAGAUACAGUUGCUGGCUAGUUAUCUUAGUUACAUAUAAUCUCCCACCAUGGCUAUGCAUGAAACAAAAGUUCAUGAUGUUGACCUUAUUGAUUUCCGGUCCGAAACAACCCGAAAAUGAUAUAGACAUCUACUUAGAGCCUUUAAUUGAUGAUUUAAAAUCUUUGUGGGAUGAGAUUAAAGGAGUGUAUGAUGCUCAUAUAGAAGAAUACUUUACACUUAGAGCUGCAUUACUGUGGACAAUUAAUGAUUUUCCCGCUUAUGGAAACUUUUCUGGUUGUAUCGUAAAAGGAUAUAAAGAUUGUCCAAUAUGCGGUGAUGAUACACCUAGUCAUAGGUUGAAAAAUGGCCACAAAAUAUGUUACAUUAGGCAUAGAAAAUGGUUACCAAUAUAUCAUCCAUAUCGGAGGCAACGUGCAACUUUUAAUGGGAAACCUGAAUAUGACACGCCUCCAAAGCCAUUAACCGGAGAAGAAGUGUUACAAAUGGUUGAAGGUAUUAAUUAUAAAUGGGGCUCGAAAAAAGGGGGAGGUGGAAGUGAAAAUGAUGGUGAUAGAGUUUGUUGGAAGAAAAAGUCAAAAUUCUUUGAUCUCAAGUACUGGAAAUACCUUCAUGUAAGGCAUGCCCUUGAUGUUAUGCACAUCGAGAAAAAUGUUUGCGAUAGUAUCAUUGGUACGUUGUUGGAGAUCCCUAGAAAAAAUAAAGAUGAGAUUGCUGCUCGUUUGGAUUUAUUGAACAUGGGGGUCAAGACUGAUUUGCAACCCGAGUAUGGAGAAAGACGUACUCGCUUGCCUCUAGGGCCUUGGAAUUUGUCAAUAGCAGAUAAGAAAGCGGUUUGCAAUUCUUUCUAUGGUAUGAAGGUCCCUGAAGGUUACUCUUCAAAUAUUAAAAAUCUUGUAUCUUUACAAGAUUCAAGACUUCUUGGGCUUAAAUCACAUGAUUGUCAUACCUUGAUGCAACAAUUGCUCCCUGUGGCAAUUCGUUCUGUCCUGGAGAAGCCUACAAGAUGGAUGUAUCCGUUCAAAAGAUAUAUGAAAGUGCUAAAGGGGUAUGUUCAGAACCGUAAUCAUCCUGAAGGUUGCAUUGUUGAGUGGUAUAUAGUUGAAGAAGCUGUAGAGUUUUGCACCGAGCAUUUAUUUGAUGUUAGUACGGUUGGAGUGCCAUCAAGCCAGAAGAUGAGACUUUCAAAGCCCUUAUCAGGUUGCAUAGUGAGUUUAGUUGAUCGGGACUUGUUGAAUCAGGCACAUCUAUAUGUCUUGGAGAAUACAGAGGAAGUUCUACCUUAUAUUGAAGAACAUAUGAUCCACAUCAAGACCACUUAUCCAAAAUUUAGAAAGAGAACAAAGUGGCUACAAGAUAAGCACAAUACCACUUUCAUUCAAUGGCUACGCUUUAAGGUUCAAAGUCAACUUAAUGGGGAAGACAAUAAUGGUGUAUCAGAAAAUUUAAGGUGGCUAGCAGCUGGUCCAAGCAUGGCAGUGCCAUCAUAUAGGAGCUAUCUUAUCAAAUGUAUUAAAUUUAACACCAAGGCAUAA